CCUUGCCUGUUGCCACCACAGAGAGGCAGGUGUCUCUCCUUGCCUGCCUCUCCCUGGAGCCCUGUGCUCAUGAGCACCUUUCCAAGCCAUUUAGCAACACAUGCUUAUUGCUGGCUUCCUGCAUGUGUCCAACUGACAGCAGGAGGGAGGCUGAAGCAGCUCAUCUCCCUCACAGCGAUCAUGGGGCAGCUCCGUGUGGCACCAGCGCUGCCCCCCGAGAUGCCCCUCUGUAAUGGCUGUUGACAGCAGCCCUCACAACCUUGCUUUUGAUUUCCAGCCUUCCUUUCUCAGAAAUGUUUCCAUCCCAACUGAGCUUUGCAAUUGAAAUCCUGCGGCCGCACACUUCCUCCUGCACCCAAAACCAGAGUCAUGUCCCUGGGGUGCAGCUGCCCUGUCCCCGCAGACUGAUGGCCUCUGGCUGCUUCAGUGGACAGCAGCACCAGCACGGGUGCUCCCUGGUGCUUUGCCAUCCCGGAGCUGGAUGACUAAGCUGGCUCAAGUCUUACAGAGCCACAAUCAUCAGGUUUACCAAUAUUUCUCAUAUUUAUCUGAAAAGCAGACAGGACUACAGCCUUUUAACCAGAGUUAGCAUUUAACAGCCUGGAGAGGAUUAUCUGUAAGCGUGCCCCAUCCACUUACACACGGAAGACCUGUCACUGAAGAAUGCUCAAGAGUCACCUCCUCCUCCCUACAGAAGACUGUCCCCAUCUGGGGUCCCUUUCACCCUCCUCUGACUCUCAACGACAGCAGAGCCUGACAAGCAAACAUGCUGCUGGUGGCAGCACUUGUGGCCACAGCCGCUUGGUCUUAUGGAUUUGCACAAAUACAUCCCGUGCAGAGACCUAUAUCCACCACCAAGUUCCAAAAAAGUGCAAGGAUGACAUGUGAAAUUCAAACUUCAGGGGAGCAAUUUGAUGGCAUCGUCAUACACUGGUAUCAACAGAAGGAGGGUAAAGCUCCAGAGAGGCUCCUGUAUGUUUCAGAAGGGAAAGUUUCAGUUGAAUCUGGCUUUCUAGCAAGCAGGUACACGGUUGGAAAAGUUCCUAGCCAGAAACAAUUUAUUCUUACAAUAAACCGUGUAAUUCCAGACGAUGCUGCUACUUACUACUGCGCUUACUGGGACUCUCAGUACGCUGAUGUCAAAAUAUUUGGAAGUGGAACUAAGCUUAUUGUUUCAAGCAAAGGGAGUUCUCCACCAGCAAACUCCGAAAUCCUGCAGAAGGAACAUGAAAAUCAGAUAACAUAUGUUUGCCUUGUUGAGAAAUUCUACCCAGAAGUUAUUCGGGUGACAUGGACCGAUGAAAAAAAUGAGGAGGUAACAGACAACGUAGUAAAAGGAGACACUUGGAUGGCCACAAAAAGUGACGAAUACUCAAUUGGCAGCUGGCUAACUGUACCAGUGGAGAACAAAGACAAGAACUAUUACUGCAAAUACGAGCAUGAAAGCCAAGAGCGUUCACUGCCGACACAAGAGACACAAGAUCCUACAAAUAUUGCUCCUCAGGAAGAGGACUGCAGCACAUCUGGAAACAGCACAGUUUUUAAUAGAGAUCACAUAAUACACAGGACAGCAUAUUUAGUGUACAUCCUCCUUCUUCUGAAGAGCUCCAUGUACUAUGUCAUCGUAGUCGUCUUCAUCUACAGAAUGUGGGCUGCCAGCAAGCACCAGGGAAAGAAAGCAUAAAUGCUUGUUUAGGAAAGGCUAACAAAAUCAUCUUCAAUUUGCUUUGCUAUAUAUUUAUCCAGAUAGCCUUCCCUUCUCCCAGUGUCAGAUGUAACAACAACAACUACAAAAAUCCCCGCAUAAUCUUAUGGCAUUAGCGCACAGGGCUUGUUUUGCUUUACUGCUUCUGGUUUUAUAUCAGUCUGGCUUUCCUAAUCUUUGAGUCUUGAACUGAGGUGGGCAACAGGACUAAGGGUUACUUACCUAGGAUUUUAAUCCAAAGUCCAUAUUGCAAAAUGAAGAAGGUACUCAUGUUGAAAGUAGUUAUGCAUACAGAAGUUUAGAGAUGUAACCAGGUUUUUGACAUAUAAAGCACAGAUGCGUUUUGUUAUUGCACUUAAGGCUUAAUGAAGGAGCAUUCCUGUCUGUAAACUCACAGGUGUUGUUCAUUUUUACUUUCAAUGACCUACUGCAACUCCCAUGUACCCAACCAGAUCAGGACUUCUUAAAUAUUCUGAAGCGAUGUGUGCUUUCGGAGCCAAUUAAACACAAUUUCAGAAAGUGAACAGAGUAAUUUUGAAUGAAGAACUUAGACGAGUAUAAAGCACUUCUGAGGUGCACACAUGCAGAAAUGGGAGAAGUCCACCAGGCCAUAGACCAGACCGAAACACAGACUGAAAACCUGAACAUCGUAUUUUUAAAGAAAGAAAACAACUGUAAUGAUCAUGAACAUCAUCUUGUUUUAAGAUACCUUUGUAAGUCGAGCAAACCCUUAAAUCUCCAGCUUUGAUAUUUCAUUUUCACAUAAAGAUUCUCAGAUGUUGGACUUUGAACUCUUCAGCUUCAAGUUCCACAAAUCAGCUCUUUUCAAAUUUCUGUGGAAAAAAUAGAAGUAGACAUAUUGGAGUAAGGCAUUUGCUCAGUUUGGGGCAGAACACUGCCACAAGUUUGGAGAUAAGCGGCUUCAGCAUUUACACUCACUGUAUCUGUAAUGAUGUAGAGGGCAAUAAAAGCUUUCCUCUGGGUGCAUUUGUGAGGCUCGUGUUUGUUCUCCAGCAUUUCCAGAGCAGGUACCAAUAUGGCUAGAAAACUUGAUUUGUUUCUCUGUUCGUAUAAAUUCCUCAGGAAAUCAAAGAG